AUGGCUCUUCUCGGAUCCAACGUAGCAAGCGAGGAGACAUGUAGUCUUCUUGAGGGAUCUAGUGUCUCAAAAGGUUAUGGAAAGUUCACCCAUGAUAGAAUUGAAUGUAGGCUGACUGGUGGUGAAGAUAGAGAGGGUAGUUUCUCUCUCUGCUGUUGGAAGAUGGGAGAUGCUUGUAGCCAACAUGAACUAUUUAAGGAUUAUGCUUUAGUUGAGGUUGGGUUGCGGUUAAUUCUUUGCCCACUUGGAUCUAACAUUGUAGUAAGAACAGCAUGCUGUUCUGUGGGGAUUGUUUUACCUGUGUACUCUACAUUCAAAGCAAUUGAGAGAAAAGAUCAAAACGAGGAACAGAAGUGGCUAAUGUACUGGGCAGAUGGUGGUGGUUGGGGACCCGCUUAUCUCUUGGCAUUAUUAUCCAUGUUUCCUGAGUAUCUUGCUAUAAUUGCAGCAUAUGGAUCCUUCACCCUUGCAGAGGUUUUUGCAGACAAGUUGAUCUCUUGGUUUCCGAUGUAUUAUCACAUGAAGUUUGCUUUUCUUGUGUGGCUUCAACUUCCAUCUGCCGAAGGGGCUAAGAAAUUGUAUAUGAACCACCUGCGUCCGUUCUUACUGAGGCAUCAAGCUAGAGUUGAUCGAAUCAUGGGUUUCACAUAUGGUGAUAUGGCCAAACUCAUCAGCAAUCACCAAGCAGAAUUUGAAUAUGCUAGGAGAGUGCUUUUGAAGAUUACGGGAUCAGCUGGCCAAAUGUUAAAGGAUGUAUCUAAUCACCCACAAGGGCAUCCUGAAGUCCCUGCCAUUGAAGACCAGACAAGAACGAUCGUGGAUACUGAGUCUGAUCAUGCUGAUUGA